CCAUUCAUUGAGAGGGCUGGGUCUUUUCCUAGACCCUAAGUCCCCAGCCUCCUCCAGCGCCGAGCUGCGAGCAGCGCCAUGGAAAAUAGCAGCGAGACCAACGGCUACCUCGACGGCGCCCAGACUGGGGCGGGUGCGUCUGGGGAGGAGGCUGGACGCGCUCGGCGCUGCACUGGCUUUUUGCGGCGCCAUGCGCUCGUGCUGUUCACCGUGUCUGGGGUGCUGGCAGGCGCUGGGCUGGGCACCGCUCUGCGCGGGCUCGGGCUAAACCGCACGCAGAUCUCCUACCUGGCCUUCCCCGGGGAGAUGCUGCUCCGCAUGCUGCGCAUGAUCAUCCUGCCACUGGUGGUCUGCAGCCUGGUGUCCGGCGCCGCCUCCCUGGACGCUAGCUCCCUUGGGCGUCUAGGCGGCAUCGCCGUCGCCUACUUCGCCCUCACCACUCUGGGCGCCUCGGCGCUCGCUGUCGCUUUGGCGUUCAUCAUCAAGCCAGGAUCCGGCGCGCAGACUCUUCAGUCCAGCGACCUGGGUCUGGAUGAGCCGGGGCCUCCUCCUGUCCCCAAAGAGACCGUGGACUCUUUCCUUGACCUAACCAGAAACCUGUUUCCCUCAAAUCUAGUGGUUGCAGCUUUCCGAACGUAUGCAACUGAUUACAAAAUGGCAACCUACAACACAAGCUCUGGAAAUGUAAGCGUUGAAAAGAUCCCCUUUGGCACUGAGAUCGAGGGAAUGAACAUUUUGGGAUUGGUCCUUUUUGCCCUGGUGUUAGGAGUGGCCCUAAAGAAACUAGGCUCUGAAGGAGAAGAGCUCAUCCGUUUCUUCAAUGCCUUCAACGAGGCAACGAUGGUGCUGGUGUCCUGGAUUAUGUGGUAUGUGCCUGUGGGCAUUACGUUCCUGGUUGGAAGCAAGAUUGUAGAAAUGAAGGACAUCAUCGUGCUGGUGACCAGUCUGGGCAAAUAUAUACUUGCAUCUAUACUAGGCCAUGUUAUUCAUGGGGGAAUUGUUCUGCCACUUAUUUAUUUUGUUUUUACACGAAAAAACCCAUUCAGCUUCCUGUUGGGCCUCCUCACCCCAUUUGCAACAGCAUUUGCCACCUGCUCCAGUUCAGCAACUCUUCCCUCUAUGAUCAAGUGCAUUGAAGAAAACAAUGGUGUCGAUAAGAGGAUCAGCAGGUUCAUUCUCCCCAUUGGGGCCACUGUGAACAUGGAUGGCGCAGCCAUCUUCCAGUGCGUGGCCGCAGUGUUCAUUGCCCAGCUGAACAACGUACAGCUGAAUGCAGGACAGAUAUUCACCAUCCUAGUGACCGCCACAGCGUCCAGUGUUGGAGCAGCAGGCGUGCCAGCUGGAGGGGUCCUCACCAUUGCCAUUAUCCUGGAGGCCAUCGGGCUGCCCACUCAUGACCUCUCUCUUAUCCUGGCCGUGGACUGGAUUGUGGAUCGUACCACCACCGUGGUGAACGUGGAAGGGGAUGCCCUGGGUGCAGGCAUUCUCCAUCACCUGAAUCAGAAGGCCAUGAAGAAAGGAGAGCAGGAACUAAGGGAGGUGAAAGUGGAAGCUAUACCCAACAGCAAGUCUGAGGAAGAGACGACCCCUCUGGUGACACACCAGAACCCCGCCGGCCCUGCCUCCAGCACCUCAGAACUGGAAUCCAAGGAGUCGGUUCUGUGAUCGGGGUUAAGUUUCAGGUUUCCUGUCAGCAAGAGCACCCCAUCCUGGUAGUCCAGCUGCUGGACACGGGGCACAGCCCUUGCUGACUUGGAUCUCCUGAGCAAUGCUUUGCCCCAGU